AUGCCUCUCUUCCUAACGGAAGAGGAGUUGCAGGCGGUGGAUGGCGAUGUCAGGGCCGUUGCGAGGAAGGCGGAGGAGCAAAUAGGUUCGCUCCUCCGGCAAAUAGAGACGCACAAGGCACAAGCGGAUGCAGCGGAGAUAAACGCGGAGCAGACGUGCUCGCUGAUCGAGCAGAAGUACCUCGCGGUGACGGACGAAAACGCGCAGCUCGAGCGCGAGAAGGGAUUCCUCACCGCGGAUCUCGAUCAGAAAGCCGCCGAGCUCGCGGAAAUUAAGGCGCAGGUUCAUCGCCUGCAGCUGGAGGGGAUUCAGGGGGAUGGCGAGAGGGAGAGGCUGAAAGCGGAGCUGGCGGAGGCGCAGACGGGUCGGCGGGACCUUGUGGACGUGAUCGAGCGGAAGAACCUCGAGAUUGACGAGAAGAACGCGUCGCUCAAAUCGUAUCUGGACAAGAUCGUCUCCCUGACAGAUUCGCGGACUGAGUUGGAGGGUCGGCUGAGGAAGGCCGAGGCAGAGGCGUCCCGCUGCAAGGCCGCCGUUAACCGCCACGUGCAGGAGAAGGAGAUUCUGGAGGAGCACCUGGCGUGGCUGCGGGAGGACGUGGCGGGGAAGGCGGGCGCGCUGCAGGAGGAGAGGCGCGCGCGCGCGGAGGGGGAGGCGGAGCUGCGCAGCAAGCUGCUGGGCGCGGAGCACGAGCGCGACGACCUGCGUGCUGCUGAGGCGCGCGCCCAGGCGCGCGUGGCGGAGCUGCAGGGGAUGGUUGCUCAGCUGCAACAGGAGGUGAAGAAGCGAGCAGAGGAGGAGGCGCUUCACGAGAGCCAGCUGGCGGCCGAACUGGAGACUGGGAAGAAGCUGGUGGAGCUGUACAAGGAGAGUGCAGCGGAGGCGGGUGAAAUGAAUGCGAAGAAGCUGGUGGAGCUGUACAAGGAGAGUGCAGCGGAGGCGGGUGAAAUGAAUGCGAAGAAGCUGGUGGAGCUGUACAAGGAGAGUGCAGGGGAGGCAGGCGAACGGGCGGCAGACCUUAAGGGUGUUGUCAAGUCUCUUGAGGAUCAUCUGAAGCAAGUGGAGGACGAGGGCGAGAGUCGGGUCAAGGCAGCGGAGGAGGCAGCAGGGAAGCAGCAGCAGGAGCUGCAGAGGCGCUGUGAUGAGCUGCAGAAGAGUCUUGACGAGGCCAACAAGAAGGCUGCUGCUGCCACUGAGGCAGCUGCCGCUGCAGCAGCAGCUGCUGGCGCUGGUGGCUUGGACCUUGUGCCUGCUGCUCUCCCUGCUGCUGCUGGCCCCAUCCAGCCCCUGGACAGGCAGCUGGCAGCAGUGCUGCAUGGGGGCGGCAGUGUGCCGCCAGCCCUGCCUCAGGGCGUCACGGGCGUGGCGCUCGCGUCAUAUCUCGUCAAGGACGGCUGGACGAUGGCAACGAUGUAUGAGAAGUAUGAGGAGGCAGCAGAUGCAUGGCGCCACGAGAGGCAGCAGCGGCGACAAGCAGAGACCCUGCUCAACAGGGUGUUGAGGGAGAUAGAGCAGAAGGCAGGAAUGGUGCUGGAGGAGCGAGAGCAGCAUGCACGCAUGGCCCGUGCAUACGACGUCAUGCAGGACAAGCUGGCGCUGGCUGCGGAUCAGCAGGCUGCUGUGGAAGCAUCGUUGGCUGAGUGCAGGGCGGAGCUGCGUGCAAGGGAGAGGGACGUGAGCCUGCUGUCCACCGAUGUGGCAGACCUGCAGAGCCAGGUGACGGUGCUCCUAAAGGAGCUGAGGGAUGUGAGCAUGCAGCGUGCCAAUAACGAAGCCACUGCUCCGCCCACCCCGCCACGGCCCUCCUCGUCAGACUUCGUCUCCGUGGAGCAGCUGACCAUCACGGACAUUGGGGGCCUGGUGCAGGCCAACACGUCGCUCCGCCAUGCCCUGAGGAAGCUGCAGGACGACUACAGCACCCUGGAGCCGCGGGUCAAGGCUCGGUUUGAGGAGGAGCUGGAGAGGCGGGCAGCAGCAAACGCCAAGGAGGUGGAGCGGGUGGUGGGCAUGUACAAGGAGCAGGAGGAGCUGGCACAGAGGCACAAGGCUGCUCACGACAUGUUCAAAAUGCUGUAUGACGAGCAACAGCAGCGAGUGAGGGCCCUGGCAUCAGGCACCGCUGCUGCUGCCCCCGGUGCUGCUGGUUCUCCAGCAGCCAAGGGAGUGCUUGCCGUGCCCAUGCUCUCCUCCCCUCCCCCUGAUGGUGAGUUGAUUCGUGUGAGGUCCGGACUACAAGACUCUCUACACAGCAACGCAGGUACCCCACAGCCCAUCAUCUCACUCUCCUGCUUCCUUGUCUCGGUGUCUCUGCUCCCCUCCCUCCGUUCCUCAUUGUUCUAG